UUUUUACUCCACAACCCAGAGCGACGCGGCUGUCGGAGAAAUCAGGAGACACAAUAGACCGUAUUUGCGGGGCAUCAUGAUGUUGGAAUUUUUUUCCGUAAGCAAACAGUGAAGUAGCUCAUGUGGACGAUCCAUAUAGCCGCUUCUGUUCAGUCACACGCGAGCUGGAAGUUUCGCUGGAUUUAAAUGUUGCCAACCGAGAUUUCAGGAGGAGUGUGUUUCACCUCAAGCGAUCACACUGAGGGAAGGAGAGAAGGAAUGAAAACUGAAGAGAACCAGCAGUCCUGUUUGCAACAGCCUCCGUCCUCUACGCCUUUUGGUCCAGAUUUCAGAGGAGGAGGAGAAGUGUGCGCAGGCUGCGAGUCUCCCAUCGCCGACCGCUUCCUGUUGCGCGUGAACGAGCGGUCCUGGCACGAGACCUGCGUCAAGUGCGCCGUCUGUCUGAGCGCACUCACCGGGACCUGUUACUGCAGGGACCGUCUGCUGUACUGCAAGCAUGACUAUGAAAAGCUCUUUAUAAGGAAGUGCAGCGCUUGCCUGCAGGUCAUUGGACGCUCUGAGCUGAUAAUGCGUGUGCUGGGCCAGGUAUACCACCUGGGCUGCUUCAGCUGCUGCGAGUGUGAACGCCGACUGCAGAGAGGUGAUGAGUUUGUGUUGAAAGAAGGCCAGCUGCUCUGCCGCAUGGACUAUGAAAAGGAGAGGGAAAUGCUUGCUGCUAUUAGCCCUGCUCCAACUGAAUCAGUGAAAAGUGAGGAUGAAGAUGGUGGGGGAGGAUCUGGCAGUGGGAAAGGUGGUGAUGAAGGCAAGGAGCACAAGCGUUCAAAACGACCACGCACCAUCUUGACCACACAGCAGCGGCGAGCUUUCAAGGCCUCUUUUGAAGUAUCGGCCAAGCCAUGCCGAAAGGUGAGGGAAACACUGGCUGCAGAGACUGGCCUGACAGUGAGAGUUGUACAGGUGUGGUUUCAAAACCAGAGAGCUAAGAUGAAAAAGAUAGCUCGCAGACAGCAGCAACAGCAGCAGCAGCAGCAGGAACAAGAACAACUGGGAGGGACCAGGAGAGGCCCUAGCAGAGGGGGCCGUCAAAGCAAUGAUGACAGUGAGGAUGGAUCUAGUACUCAUGGAAUGGAUAGCAUGCUAGGAUAUCCGUCUUUGCCACGUCAGCAGCUACUUUCUCUGGACCCCAACAUUUACAGUGGAGAGCCAUUUCGACAUGGUCUGACACCUCCUCAACUAAACAGUGAGCAGAUCCACUCCUAUGACUCAGAGACAGUCUUCCAUGACUUGGACAGCGAUGGAAGCCUCAGUCACCUUGGUGACUGUCUCUUGGCAACAGGAGAAGCCGGUCUCCUGGCAGGACGAGUAGGAAACCCCAUCGACCGUCUGUACUCCAUGCAGAACUCGUACUUCACCUCCUGACGCUUAAAAACUCUCAUCUUUACCCCACCUGUUCCACCUUUCAUCCCUGAGAAGCAACCUGCCUAUGGGACUAUUUUCAAUUAAACUGGCAACAGCCAAUCAUACUCCUGAGCUUUUAUUGCUGGAAAACAUCUUCACAAGUCAGACGGUCAUAACAUCACUCUGCUGAUUAGCAUAAUGUCCUCUCGUGCUUUCCUGAAUAAGAAUCAUAUGCUGGAACUACAGGCACUAUAAAAUUUCCAUGAUAAUGGCCUUCUAUUUUUUUCCAUCAUAUUUAUGCCAUCCAUACUCAGUGAGAAUAUUUCACUUCACUUUCAAACAGAAAAACAAUAACCACACAUCGAUCAUUACAUAUAAAUAAGUUACAGAAUUUUAAUGAAUCAAGUCAAGUUAAAUGUAUGUAGGAAUUGUGGUAGUUUUAAACAUUUGGGGUUCUAAAUACUAUUAGUACAUUGGUGAACUUUCUUUAUUCUGUCUGGAUUCAUUUUUAUCGGUGUGUGGCUGGCUGCAACAUAUACGAGAGUAUAUGUAUGGGACUACAGUUUUGCUCUCAGGUUAGUGUGUAUGUUUGUGAGACCUGAGUGUAAUCUCAGGAAAUUGUGCUGGAUAGAAUGACACCUUUAAAUCCCCUAAUAUUUCUAAUUGUAUGCUUUUUGACAAAUGACAGCUAAAAAAGUGGACCAAAAAUAAAUUACUUUUGCAUUUAGAAAAUAGAUGACCUUCCAGUGUCAUUUGAAAAGCCUUAAGUGGAAACAGGGUUGUAUAAGUGCUCAUUACUUUACUUUAAUUUUAUUGUAGUAAAUUACAACCAAAAGGAUUACAGUGCCCAAAUCUUAGGUCUUCAAGUCAUCAAUGAUGAAUUCCAAUUGUAAAUGUGAAUACAACUGUGUCACACAUGAUUGUUGCAAUGAGUUUCUGUAAUAAUUUCCUUUGUCAAAAAUAUCCUAAUAGAUUCUGUUGGGUAGACAUUUUGUACCUUCUGUGAUAAUCAGCAAAUGUUUAAACUAUAGCAUGAUAUUUGUGUGCCACAAAGUAGAUCUAUAGAAAUAGUAUCCAAUUUUAUUUUGGAUAGCAAGUGCUGCUGAAAGGAUCGGAGCAGACUCAUCCUGUGGCAUCCCGUAGCACAAAAAAGAAUUAGGGUGAUACCCAUCUCAUUUAAAUGUCAGUGAUCUGACGAAGCCUGGGGUACUCUUAAGAAAUUGUUUGAUUCUAAUAAUACAUGGCGUUUUUACUGUGAUAUUAAUGUGAAUGUAACUUAUUUGUGUGGUACUAGAUGACAUUUUAUCUAUUUUGUUCAGUGACAGCAAGGUGAUGUGCUUUGAAUUUAAUGUUCAUGUAUCUUCAAUCCAAUCUGUGGUUUUACCUUUAAAGUAAAACUGCCUUAUUUGUUCUUAAUACAAUAAAUAAUGAAAGACUUA